UGCACAUCACAACUUGACAUAUAUUGUACUUCGUAUAUGUUAUUUUGUUGGAUUUAAGCCACAUUAAAAAGCACGAAAAGCACUCUUAAAAAAAAUUUAGCACGAGAAGUAGCUAAUGGGUUCAGCCAAUGGUCGAUCCUAAUCAAGCCGAAAAUCCGGCAUACCCUACAAUUGUAAAAGUGCUUCAAUUUGAAGAUGACAUAAAACCAUAAUUCCAUCAAAAAAAAACAAAAACAUAAUAAAGCCAGCCAAGUACACAACAGAAUAGAGGGAAAAAUGGGUCAGUGUGUUUUUUGUCUUGUAACAUUACUUCUAAUCACCCUCCUCGCAUGGGUUAUUCAAUCAAUUUCUUCCCUGCUGUCAACCUUCUGUGAUUACUUAUUAGUGAUUACCAGUUAAUCACCUUUGUUCCCCCUUAAUUUUUUAUUUUCUUACUUGUAUAAACCAUUUUUAUUUUUAUUUUCUGUUAGUUUAGUUUCCUUAAACUUUUUUAAUUUUUAAAAUUAAAUUCUUGCAAGUUUUUGACACACGCUUUUGCUUAACCCAUGUGAGCUGCCUCUUUUUGGACUCAAAUAUUUCCCAAACUUCUGUUCUACAACAUUUUCUCUCUCCUAAAUUUAAAAAGUUGAAUUUUACUCCAAACAUGCAUUGUAUUUGUAGGCUUUUAAGGUAAGAAAAGAUUUUUACUCCUCUUAAACAAAAUUUCCAUAUUAUUCCAAAAUUCCCAAAUUCUUUUUUUCCUUGAACCAAAAAUACCUUCUCAUUCUCGCUGCUCACCCGCCUACAAUAAGCAAUGGGAAUCUUUCAUUAGCUGAAAAGAAAAGCUCUUCUCUUCUUUUUUUUUUUUUUUUUCAUUGAGGCAUUUCAUCGAACAGGUGGUGAAUAUGACAAUCUGAAAGAAAUAGGCUUUCGGUUCACUUUUUUUUUUUCCUGGGAAAGAAAUUAAAAGCUUGAUUCUUUGUACUAAAGAUGUGAUCUUUACACAAAAACAAAGAAUACCCAGUUGAUAAUUCAAUCAAUUCUUCCAUAUUUCUAAGGUGGUGUUGAUUUAUUUGGAGAGAGAAACACAAAGAUGACAAUUUUGAGUGGUUUAGGGAUAGUGUUAAGUAUAGUAUUUGGUUGCUUACUAUUAGCACUUGUUGCAGAGCUUUACUAUCUACUAUGGUGGAAGAAGCAGAGAAUUACGAGCAACACAAACAACAACAGCAGCAACAACAGAAUUCAGCAGGAUUACAGUAAUCAUGCAAAAGAGAUGUUCUACCUCUUUUGUUGGGAUAAACCCACAACAAUCAACAACACAGUUGUAAACCCAAAUUCAAGCAACAACAACGUUGCUGAAAACACUGAAGGAGAUAUUGAAAUGGGUUUAGAAACCCGAAAAGAUCUCCUACUAAAGGCUCUAGGGGAAGAAGGUGUGGACUCAGACAUCGUUCGGUUAGCAGGGCAUCCAAGAUUCUUGUUCACAAUUAAGGAAGAAACAAAGGAAGAUUUAGAGUCUGAAGAUGGGAAAUCAAAGGCUAGUAGAAAAGGAUCAAGAACAAGGAGUUUGAGUGAUUUAAUCAUGGCCAUUGAAACGCAUACACCUUAUAAUAAUCUAAGUCCAAUGUCAUCAUCUUCUCCAAAAUCAAAGUUGCUGUUGUCAACCAAUAAUAAUAACUACAACAACCCGUUGUUUGAAACUUCAGCAACUGUUGUUGAAGCUGAAAUUAAUAGGUUGAGAUCUUCUCCACCUCCUAAGUUUAAGUUUUUGAGAGAUGCUGAGGAGAAAUUGUAUAGAAGGUUGGUUGAAGAAGCACAAAAAAGUGGGAUUUUUCAGGAGGUUAUUUUGGAGAAUUCACUUCCUUCAAAUUACCACUCAGAUGAAGAAGAAGAGAAGGAGAUUCAUUGCACUUCUCAGGUACUUCAAAAAUAACACUCUGUUUGAAUUAUUAGAUCUUGUUAAGAAGAAAUUAGUGAUAGUGUGAAUUACUUAAUUAAUUAAUUAAGCCUUUUUUUUUCUUCCUUUUUAUUUUUGGUUUUUAUUUUUUUGGAGAUUCUGUUUCUUAAUUUAUUAGGAGAAAAAAAAAAAGGAUUCCUGUAAGAUAACCUCCUUGUUAUCCAAUCAAUAUGGAAGAGUUUUGGGAUUUCCUGAAACAGAGAUUCUGAUACUACUGCUAUUUCAGUGUGUUUUUGUUCAAA